UGACAACUUCCGUCACACAAAUGCAACGCGUUUACUGCCAUAUCUAGCCAGCGGGUUAGAUAGCAGCCUUGUGUUAGCACUGGAGAGGUUAUUCAUUCAGUCAGCCACUGUCAAAGAAAAACACAUACCAGUGCUGGACCAUUUGAGAUCAUGACGCUCUUUCAUUUUGGAAACUGCUUUGCCUUGGCUUACUUCCCCUACUUCAUCACCUACAAGUGCAGUGGAUUGUCAGAAUACAAUGCUUUCUGGAGAUGUGUCCAGGCAGGGGCAACCUAUCUGUUUGUCCAGCUAUGCAAGAUGCUGUUCCUGGCUACAUUCUUCCCCACCUGGGAGGGAGGGGCUGGUGUCUAUGACUUUGUUGGGGAGUUUAUGAAAGCUACAGUUGAUAUGGCUGACCUGCUGGGUCUUCACCUGGUCAUGUCCAGGAAUGCUGGGAAGGGCGAGUACAAGAUCAUGGUGGCCGCUAUGGGCUGGGCCACUGCUGAACUGGUCAUGUCAAGGUGUCUGCCUCUGUGGGUCGGCGCCCGAGGUAUUGAGUUUGACUGGAAGUACAUCCAGAUGAGCUUUGACUCCAAUAUCAGCCUGGUGCAUUACAUUGCCAUGGCAGCGGUGGUUUGGAUGUUCACACGGUACGACCUACCCAAGACCUUCCGUCUGCCCGUGACAGUGCUGCUUGGGCUGUGUGUCUACAAGGCCUUCCUUAUGGAACUGUUUGUGCACAUGUUCCUGCUGGGAAGCUGGACAGCUCUGCUGGUGAAGGCUGUGCUGACUGGAGCUAUCUCCCUCUCCUCACUGAUCCUCUUCGUUACACUCGUCCACAGCAACUGAGGCUGACUCUGGCAGCCAGAGCGCCUGGGGUUGGCACACUACAUCUGUGGUUCAUCCCUAGUGGGAAGGUCUGGUGCGUAGAAUUUUGGUCUGUGGACUGGCCUGUGAAUGUCAUAUACACAUGACUGGUUUAUAGGAGUGUAUGAGAAUGCUCCUUUUGCAGGUUCAUUUUGGAUUGCUCACAUAAGGAUCAUCGAUAUGAUCCUCAAAACAUUUUCUUCUUCUUUUUUUUACCAGCUACAUCUUGUAUGUGAUUCAAAUGAGCUUAUGUGUGAUUGGUUCUGCAGCAGUAGAGGAUGUAGAUAAAGUAUUUAUAACUUGUGUAUGAAUAUGGAUGUUUUUUGUUUGUUUUUUAACCACAUGAUGCGAGACAGAAGCCAGUCUAUGCCAUGUUAGCUGAGGGUGUUCUACUGUUGUUACUAUGGUCACCUUCCCAUUUUCAAUGCUGUUUCCAGAAGCAUUUAAGCAUUUAAAGCAUCAAUUGAAAAUAUAAGUGAAUCAUGGAUAUGCUCAAAUGCUAAGACCAAAUGCACACAGAAAUUCUGAACCUAUGAAGGGGAGAGAUGUGCAUUGUUCAAGGGGAAGGGUAGAGUUUGGAAAAAUAACAUUUGUCCUGCAGCAUGGUGGGUAAAUUAUACUAAUUUCUUUAGAGCUAAAAAGUUGAGACAGUUGCCCUCAUCACCUGACUGGAGUGGUAGGAUGCCAUUUGUAAUCUUGGCAUUCCAUCCACAUGCCAAGGGACUAGGAGGCAAAUUACCUUUCUAUUGGAGAUGUAUGUCUAUGAUUAAAUAUGAAUGAAAUGUAA